AUGGAGCCCGAACUUAUCAACAAUUACAAGAAAAAGAUUCUUAAUAUGAAAGAAGAAGUCAUAAAGCUCAAUAGGCAGAUAGCCCAAGCUGAAAGUAUCGAUGAGACUCAAUCUGGAGAUCGUGACGAAUCCCUCAAAAAGCAAUCUCUCCUUAGACACUGCCAAGGAGAAAUCGAUGAGCUAACUGAUCAACUUAGUAAGCUGCAAGAAACUAACUCUGAACUAUCAGAAAGCUGUGAAGAAUUAAAAAAUCGAAUAGACCCUCUACCAAUUUCUGAUAGUCAGCUUGAAGAGCUUAAUGAACAAAUCGCAAAUUUAGAGAAAGAAAAUGAAGACUUAAAGAGGCAAAAUGAAGAAAUCGGAGAUUCUGGGCUCCAAGAAUGGGAAAACUUAUCCCCAACUGCUGCUAAUGAGUUUUUUGUGAACCUCCAGAAAAAGCUUUCUCAAUUGGAGCAAGAAAAUGCAGCUCUCUCAGCUAAAUAUAAAAAAUCGGAAGCAGAAACUAAAAGGCUUAAAGAAAACUGUGAAAAAGCUGCAGCUAGGUUUAAAAAUAAUGAAGACACUAGAAGCAGACUGCAGCAGCUAGAAGAUGACUACCAGAACUGUGUAGAAACUGAAAAGGAGCUGAAAGAAGAAAUUGAAGAUGUCGAAAGACAAAUCAUGCAGAAAUCUGCAAGCACUGAAGGUCAAGAUAUAAGAAGUUUACAACAUAUGAUUAGUGAACUAAAUGAAAAAAUUAGUCAAGAGAAAGCACAAUGUGCAAGACUAGAAAAGCAGCUACAGGAUAAGCAGCAAGAGCUAAGGACUAUAAAAAUUACAUCAAAUCUAACAGUCAGUAAAACUUCGACUAAGCUUAGCAAUGAGCUGGAUUUACUUGGAAAAGUGCUAGCCGAUAAAUUGAAGACGGUAAGAGAAAAAGAUAAAGAUAUCGCUGAAAUUUCAUUGAAGUAUGAAGAGGCAAAACUCCAGCUUAAUGGGCCAGAAAAGAUAUCUACCAAUUAA